AAAUAUGAUAAAAUUAGGAUUUAAAGUGUUCGAAUAUUUUUAAUCUAUGGAUUUAGGAUUACUGGAAUGUUUUGAAAUUCAAAAAAACGAACUGGAAGCUUUAAAGGCUAUUUAUAUGGAUGAUUUUGUAUAUAUCGAUAAUAAUACUUUUUCUCAUGCUUCUAAUGAUCAAGAAUCUUUUUUAAAAAUUCAUUUGCAUAGUGAUUUUAAUGGCGUUAGUUUUUUUUCUUUAGAUUUAAUAAUUUAUAUGACGGAUACCUAUCCAAAGACGAGACCAAGAGUAUCUAUUGAUAAUUCCGUUAACCUUCUUAAAUCUCAAUUGGCUCAGAUAGAUGAUCUUAUUUUAAAAACUAUGAAUAAGUUAGAAGGUCAUGAAAUGAUCUACGAAAUUUCUUCAAAUAUUCAAGAUAUUUUAUACGAAUGGCAAAAUGAAUAUCAGCCUUCUACUAAUUUAGGAGAGGAAAGACAUUUAAGGAUUUUAAAAGAAGAAUUAAAACAACAGUUGACAGAAGAAGAGAUGAGGAAACAGCAGGAAUAUUUUAAAAAAGAAGAGGAAAUAAUUUUGGAUGAAAUGAUUCGGAAAGAAUUAAUUAGAAGAAAAGGACAAUUAACUCGAGUAAAUAAGCGACAACAAGAUUGUUAUGGAUUUCAAGAGCCUAGUGAUGAUAUAAUAAUUUUUGAUAAAGAAAUAGAAAUACAAAAUGAACAAUGUAAAUUUAUUAGAUUUCAAGCUGUAAAGGAUUUGCUAGUUUUUCGGAAACAAUCUUUUAUGACAGUAAAAUUAGUAACCCCUGUUACGGAUAAAAAUAGGGAAAACAUUUUUGUCUUAAAGGAUCUUAUUUUGAAUUCCGAAUUUUGGAACUCAUCUGAUGGUACGAAAGAAAUUUAUAAAAUGGAAGAGGAGUUGCAAGCAACUAUAUCUUUGAGACAUCCAUCAAUUGUACAAUUUUAUGCAUGCAGAAUUUCUCUUUUAAAUUCGGGUAGUUGGAGAUUAUCAUGUUUGCAAGAGUAUACUCCUAGAGGUUCACUUAGAGAUAUAUUAGAAAAUGUUGGUUCUGUAAGUUUGGAUAUUGCUAGAAGUUGGGCAAUGGAUUUGCUAGAAGGCAUUAAUGAGGCACAUCGUCGAGGAUUUUUGCAUAAAAAUUUACAUUUAGGAAAUAUAUUAAUAUUUAAGUCUGAGAAAGGGAGAUCAGUAGCAAAAAUAUCUGACUAUGGUAUUUCGUAUAGUCUUCAACAUAUGAAUAAAUUAUGUAGUUUUUCAUCAAAUGAAUCAUCUUUUUCUAAAAAAAAUAAUAUUCCAAAAAUAUGGUAUCCUCCUGAAUGUAAAUCUGAAACUGGAAAUUAUGUAUUUAAUCGGAAAAGUGAUAUAUGGAUGUUUGGCGUUAUAUUUCUUCAAAUGAUUUUUGGUAUUAAUUCUACUUCUAAAUAUUCUAGUUUAAAAGAAAUAUCUGAUUCUAUGGUAUCUGUCUCGGUAAUUGAUUUUCUUAAUUUUACUUUGGAAAUAAAUUGGCAUAAAAGGCCAUCUGCUUCUGACCUUUUAGCAUCCCCUUUUUUUACUAGUGGUGAAAUUGCUAGAACAUUGGGAUUAAAUACUGAAAUUUCGACUAAUCCUUUUUAUGGAUUUGUUAGAGCAUCUAAAUAUAAUUCUCAGUCCUCUAGGUUACGUUUAGCUUCUCGAUAUGAAAAUGAUUUCGAAGAAGUAAAAUGGCUUGGAAAAGGUACUUAUGGCAAAGUAAUAAAAGUGAGAAAUAGGCUCGAUGGGCAAUAUUAUGCUAUUAAACGGAUUAGUUUAAAUAAAAAUGAGUAUAAUCGUAUUCUUCGAGAAGUAAUGACUCUUUCCAGGCUUCAUCAUCAACAUAUUGUAAGAUAUUUUUCUGCUUGGUUAGAAGAUUUAUUCAGUGGAGAAACUAUUUACGAUCAUAUUCCUAGGAAAUUUGGAAGAUCUAUUGAUUCUUAUAAUAAUGGGUCUGACCUAAUAUCUUCUAAUGUUACUGAAUUUGUUUCUUCUAGCAGACCAGAACGAAGUUUCUUAAAUUGUUUUGAAGGUGAAAUUUCUAGAAGUACAUCUAGUAAUUGGAGUUCUUGUUCUAUAAAUAGUGAGAUAUCUGUUGAUUUGAAAUCCCGUAGCUCUGGAAUAUUGUAUAUUCAGAUGGAAUAUUGUGAAAGACGUACUUUAAAGGAUAUAUUAGAGCUAAAACAAGUAAAUACCGAUGAAAUAUGGAGAUUAUUUCGUCAGAUUUUGGAUGCUUUAGUACAUAUUCAUGGUCAAGGUGUUAUUCAUAGAGACCUUAAGCCAAGCAACAUUUUUUUGGAUGAAAAUGGUGAUGUUAAAAUAGGUGACUUUGGGUUGGCUACUGAAUGUUGGACAAUAAUUGAGAAUUUGGUUUCUAGAAAAUAUUCUGAUAAUAUUGAAAAUGAUAAUGAUUUAACGUCGGGUAUUGGUACUGCUCUUUAUAUUGCUCCUGAACUUUUAGAGCAUAAUACCAAGCAUUCUUAUAAUCAAAAAGUCGACAUGUAUUCUCUAGGUAUAAUUCUUUUUGAAUUGUGUUAUCCUUUUAAAACUACUAUGGAGCGUAUAAAAACUAUUUUAAAUUUAAGGGACUCGAAUAUUAUAUUUCCGUCGAAGUUUCCUUCUAAUAAAUUUUCAAAUCAAAAGCAUAUUAUUACAUGGCUUUUACAACAUGAUCCUAAAACACGUCCUACUAGUUUUCAACUUUUACGCAGCGAAUUGUUACCUCCAAAAGUGGAGGACGAAUAUAUACGCGAAAGUCUUCAUACUCUUGCAAAUCCUAAUACACCGUAUUAUGUUAAACUUAUGGAAGCUUUAUUUUCUCAAAAUAUAGAUAAAUGCAAGGAUUAUACAUAUGAUAUCAUAACCGAUUCUUUAAAUGUUGAAUCUCCACUUAUGGAAUGGCUUAAAAGCUGUUUAGUAACUAUCUUUAAAAGACAUGGUGCAAUUUCUAAUAAUGAUCGUUCACAAUUAUUUCCAAAAAAUGAGAUUUAUAACUCUGGGCAGAAUCUUGCUACUUUUUUAGAUUGCCAUGGUACUCUUUUGCAGCUCCCAUAUGAUCUUAUUUUACCUUUUGCUCGACAACUUACAAAAUGUUCUUUAAAAUAUGGAAAAUAUUAUUGUUUUGGCAAAGUUUACAGAAAUAGUACUAUUGAUACAAUACCCUGGUCAUUAGAUGAAGUUAAUUUUGACAUUGUUACUAGAAAUGAUGAUAAUUUGAGUCUUUAUGAAAGCGAAUGUAUUAAGAUACUUGAUGAAAUUAUAAAUGAAGUCCCUUCUCUUUUGAAAAUGAAAAUUUUGAUUAAUAUUAAUCAUUGUGAUAUUCUUGAUUGUAUAUUUGAUUAUUGUGGAAUAGAUAUUUCUUAUAGACCUAGGGCUAGUAUAUUGUUAUCUCAAUUAGGAAAGAGUGCUACAUUAAAACAAAUUCAAAAUCAACUUCGUUCUGAAUCAUUACUCUCUGGAUCUUCUUUAGAACAAUUAGAUAAAUUUAAUUUUCAAGAUGAAUUUGAAGCUGGUAUUUUGCGCUUAUUAAAUAUAUUUGACGUAUCAAUGCAUCAAAAGCUUUUAUGUUCAAUAGAAAAUAUUCGAUCUGUUUUUUUAUAUUUAAAAUAUUUUCAUAUAGAACAAGAGAUAUUUUUGUUUCCCUUAACAGUGCAUAAUUAUCAAUUCUAUAAGGGUGGUUUAAUUUUUGAAGCAUUAAUGAUACAAAAUAAAAAAUGUGAUAUAUUUGCUGCGGGCGGGAGAUAUGAUAGUUUAAUUAACCAAUGUCUUCCACCUUUGUCUUCUGGGAAAGUAUCUAUUUCUGUGGUUGGAAUAACUAUUUUUAUUGAGAAAAUAAUUUCAUCUCUUGCAAAAUUUUCUUUUAAAGAAUUUCCCUCUCGAAAAUAUUCAAAAGCUAUAUCUGGUUCUAUACGUUGGCCUUAUAAUGUUGUAAAUUGUGAUGUUCUGGUUUCAAGUAUAGGUCAUGGAUUUUUAAAAGAAUGUUUGGAAAUUUUAAACGAGUUAUGGAAAUUUAAUAUUAAAUCUGAUCUUUCGAGAUCAAAUUUAGAAACAUUAGAUGAUAUUAUUGAUUUUGCAAAAAAAAAUGGUGUCAAUUGGAUUAUUAUAGUAAGACAUAAAAGUUAUGAAGCAAAUGGUUUAUUUAAAGAUUAUUCUGUAAAAGUUAAAAAUAUAGCAUCUGAACAUGAUGAAGAAAUACCGUAUUCUAGCCUUGUUCCUUGGUUAUUAGGAGAAAUAGCUGAAAGAAAUAGGCAAAAUAUAUCUGAAAAUCAGAUUAAGUUUAAUAGGAUAAAUGAUGAAAAUAUGAAUGAUAUGAUUAUACGAAAACGUGCUCUGGAUGUUAAUUUUAGUAGAAAAAAAGAACUUUCUGUUCGAUUUUUAUCUGAAGAAAACACUGGAAAAAUUAAAUUAAAGAAAAAGCAAUUUAUAAUUAAUAAGGCGUAUGAAUAUGUUUCUGAAUUGAUUAACGAUAUUUGUUCUAGAAAUAUAGUUGUAUUUUGUGUUGAUUUGUCUGAUAAUAUUUAUGAAUUAAUAAAAAAUACUAAUUUACAAGAGAAUCAAUGGAGAAAAGUAAUUGAUGCAACCCCUGCUCAUCAAAGACAGUAUGUUCAUCAAUUAUGGACAUCACUCAAAGAUAUCCAAAAUGAACUAGGUCAUCAGCGUGCUUGGUUGUAUACAUUUAGAGCUAAUAAAGCUUUUUUGUAUGAUUUUUUAUAA